AUGCAGACAGACGAGAAGGACGACCAUGUCAAGGCGCUCCUGUUGGCCGUCGCCACCUUCCUCCGCGACACCGUGUGCAAAGCGUACGGUGCGCUGCGCGAGAAGGACCGACUUGUGCAGGAGAGCGAGCGGAAGCGCGCGCGUCUCGGGCAAGAGAUCGGAACACUGAACGAGGAGGCGUCGAAGCGGGAACAGCUGCUGGAAGAUGCGAUCGCCACGGCCGACCGCGGCGCGAGCGAGGCCGCGCGUCUCAAGGGAGAGGUGCAGAAGCUCGAGGGCGCGAAGCAGGCAGACAAGAAGAAAAUCGCCGGGCUGCAGAUGGAGGCUGAACAGGCGAGAAGCACGGAACGCCGCCUACGAAACAAGGUCACCGACCUCGAGGCCGAGCUGCAAAAGACGACGGCGGAGCUCGAGACGCAGCGCGAGUCGGCGGAGCAGCAGCGGCAAGAGAACGAGGAUCUCCGGCAGCAGAGCCAGAUCGAGUACUCGUUCGACGAGCCCGGUCCGCUGGACGCCUUCGGCGAGUUUGUGCAGGGCUCGUCCCGAAGCCAGAGCUGGGAGACCUCCAGCGUCGUAUACGCCGAAGACAUCGACCUCGACAGCUCGCCGUCCCGACCCUCCACGCCCGCGCCCAGCGCAUCGCACUCCUCGCGUGCACCAUCUGUUGCUUCGUCCCGUGUGUCCUCGAAAACAUUCCGGCUGCGGUCGACGUUCAGCUCACAGGCACGGAUGGCGUCUGGCAGCGGCGCAGUGCCGCAGCGCCCCAAGUUUGUCUCAGACUGGUCGCUGGACCCCCCAGCAAGCAAGCGCAAGCGUGUCGCGGCUGACGAGAGUAGCAAAAAGUUUCCGAUAAAGGUGGACGCGAAUGGACGACCUAUUGGGCAGCUGCAAAUCGGGCCGCGAGCGAGACUAAACAAGUAUAACUGA